AUGCCACGCAGCGCCGACGUGACGCUGCUGUUCUUGGUAGCCGUCCACGCGCUUCUCGUCACUCAUGCCGCUCUGCAGGAAGGUUUCUACACGAGCAACACCGACUGCACGGUGGACGUGGAGGCCACCGUGGCGAGCGUCGUCCAGCAGUUCAUCUCCGCGGACCGUGGCGUCGGCGCAGGCCUCAUCCGUCCGCCUCCACUUCCACGACUGCUUCGUCAAGGGUUGCGACGGUUCGGUUCUCAUCGACGCGAGCCCAGCCAACCCGGACCCGGAGAAGGCGUCGCCGUCGAACGGCGGCCUCCGCGGGCUGGAGGCGAUCCAGGAGGCCAAGCGGCAGCUCGAGAGCGCGUGCCCAGGGACCGUGUCCUGCGCCGACAUCCUCGCCUUCGCCGCCCGCGACGCGUCCGGUCCAACGUCCUGAGCUCCGGGGCGAUCGACUACGGCGUGCCCUCCGGCCGCCGUGACGGGCUCACCUCAGCCGCGUCCGACGACAGCCGGAGCCUGCCCCCGCCGUUCGCCAGGCUCGACCGCCUCACGGAGCUCUUCGCCGCCAAGGGGUUCACGCAGGACGAGCUGGUCACGCUCUCCGGCGCGCACUCCGUCGGCCGCGCUCACUGCGCGUCCUUCUCGCACCGGAUACACAUACACCCCACCGUAAGCGAGACCAUGGACGCGCAGUACGGCGCCGGACUGCAGCAGCGGUGUCCCACGGACGCCGGGGACGCGGUGGACCAGGACCAGGCCACGCCGGCCGACCUCGACAAUCAGUACUACAGGAACCUGCUCGCCGGGAAGGUGCUCUUCCGCUCGGACUGGGCGCUCAUCAGCGACAACACGACGAGCCAGAUGGUGCCGGACAACGCGGGGAACCAGGCGCAGUGGGCAGCCAAGUUUGUCGACGCCAUGCGCAAGAUGGGCGCCUUGGACGUCGUCACCGACUCACCGGCGACCUGCAGGGCGAAGUAAGGAGCUUCUGCAACGUCACCAACAGAGGCUAACGGAACCGCCGGAGGGGCGUCAUCACCGGCGAACCGGCAGUGUGAAAAAUUGCGUCGUCAUGAUUCAUGAACGUACAUAAGGGUAACACAAUUUAAGUACGUACGUACUGCAUUGUUUGUAAUAUGUUAGAUACACACACUCCAGUAUUCACACGGAAGUGUGUUGGUGACGUACAGUCAAGCUAUACUACAAAGAUCGACAUUAUACAUAAUUUACACUCAAAAAAUUCAAGAUAAUAUUUUUAUUGUAUCA